UUCUCAAAAUGGCAGAAGCAGAAAAAGAUCAGUUUGAAGACGAAGAAACAGAAGAAGACGCCCCUCUUGAGAGAAGGAACAAGAUAUUUUCAAAAGAAUUACGAUGUAUGAUGUAUGGCUUUGGAGAUGACAGAAAUCCCUACACAGAAUCAGUGGAUAUCCUAGAGGAUUUGGUUAUAGACUACAUCACAGAAAUGACUAAAAAAGCCAUGGAAGUUGGGAGACCUGGAAGAAUUUCAGUAGAAGAUAUUAUUUUUCUUAUAAGAAAGGACCCAAAGAAAUAUUCUCGUGUGAAAGAAUUACUUAUGAUGAGUGAAGAGCUUAGGAAAGCAAGAAAAGCUUUUGAUGAAAUCAAAUAUGCGACAGCAACGAAGUGAUAACACUGGUCAUCUACAUAGUGCAUCCAACCAACUCACAGUGCAUGGAUAUAUGGACAAGCAUUCAUGGUCUAUGUCACUUAUCAUUUAAUAUAAAAAAUGAAGUGCUGCUUUUAGAAAAUAUUUGUAAAUUCUAUCAAAUACAAAGUUAAAUUUUGAUAAAUAUUCAUGAUUUGUUGGUAUAAAUAAUUUUGUUCAUAAAUAAUAUGUGUUUGUGAUGAAUAUUUACGAUAUGUAUGAAUUUAUGUAUGUGAAUGGUAUGUUUGAUAUAGAAUGUAUGGAUUAUUGUAUGUGGAUGGUAUAUUGAAUGUAUGGAUUAUUGUAGUGGAUGGUAUGUUUGAUAUAGAAUGUAUGGAUUAUUGUAUGUGGAUGGUAUAUUGAAUGUAUGGAUUAUUGUAUGUGGAUGGUAUAUUGAAUGUAUGAAUUUAUGUAUGUGGAUGGUAUAUUGAAUGUAUGAAUUUAUGUAUGUGGAUUGUAUGUUUGAUAUAGAAUGUAUGGAUUAUUGUAUGUGGAUGGUAUAUUGAAUGUAUGAAUUUUUUUGGUUUGGAGUGUAUUGGAACGUAUGAAAAUACUCAUUCAUACUGAAUUUUGCUGAAGUGAAUUGUACUGUAUUGUCAUCAAAGUAAAUGUAAAGGCUAUGACAAA